ACCCGUCCCUUCAUCCUUCACUCUAGCCCUCUUCCUCUCUCGAUCUUCUCUCUCACUGAUUCGUUCUUCCCUCCUCUUUUCUCUCUGUUUAGAAGCCAGAGGUAGUGAUCUUUAGCUCUGUGUUUCGAUCUUUCUUUCUCGUUCAAUAGAUAAGUAAAUAUGCUUCUCAGAGCUGCUGCUUCAUCUUUGUCCAUCCCGACCGCACAAGGGGAGAGUCUCGUCUCCCAUUUUUCUUCCUCUGCUUUUUCGUCUUCCCCAUCUCUGAGCUUUUCUCGGAGAAGAGGAAGCGAUGGAUUUGUUCUUUGUGCAUCAAAGGACUCGAAUCAUCGACCGCUUACUGGUAUUGUUUUCGAGCCCUUCGAAGAGGUGAAGAAAGAGCUCGUUCUCGUUCCGACUGUUCCCCAAGACUCCCUUUCUCGUCAGAAGUACACCGAUGACUGUGAGGUCGCCAUCAAUGAGCAGAUCAAUGUGGAAUAUAAUGUUUCAUACGUGUAUCAUGCCAUGUUCGCCUACUUCGAUAGGGAUAAUGUUGCUCUGAAAGGGCUUGCCAAAUUUUUCAAGGAGGCAAGUGCAGAAGAAAGGGAGCACGCUGAGAAAUUGAUGGAGUACCAGAACAAACGAGGAGGGAAAGUGAAGCUGCAAUCUAUACUGAUGCCUUUGUCUGAAUUUGAUCACCCUGAAAAGGGAGAUGCAUUGCAUGCAAUGGAGCUUGCAUUGGCUUUGGAGAAACUGACAAAUGAGAAGCUUCUGAAAUUGCACAGCGUGGCAGCUAAAAACAAUGAUGCACAGCUGGCUGAUUUCAUCGAGAGCGAGUUUUUGGCCGAACAGGUGGAUGCUAUUAAGAAAAUCUCUGAAUAUGUAGCUCAACUGAGAAGGGUGGGCAAAGGGCAUGGAACUUGGCACUUCGAUCAGAUGCUCCUUCAAGAUGGUGCGGCUGCAUGAUUGAUGGUGUUUCUUUGUUACAAUUAGGAUUGUGUACGUACUUCAUGGUUUUGGUGGGCUGUAAUCCUUUGUUUCUUGUUUCUGUAGAUGGAAAAGAAAACUAGUAUUGUUUUGCAUAUUUCUGUUAGAAAAAGAUUAAUGAUCAAAUGUCUCAGAAAAAAAAGUUUGAUGCA